AGUUGCUAGCCAGCAACCAAAAUUUACAUGUUAGGGUUUAUCAUUCUUUCGGGGUUUUAGUGGAUUGUGGGGUUUCGGCUCUCUCAAGCCCCUUUGUUCAAUGCGGUAGCGUUACCCAAUGUACUCCGUCUGUUUUCAUCGAUGGAUUCUCUAUAGCCAAAACGCCUAGAAAUCGGCAUUGAUUGUCAGGGUUUCUAUGCACAAUGGAUAUUUAUGAGGAUGAUUUCGGUGAUUUAUACGCGGACGUGGAGGUGCAAGCGUGCUCUGCUAUCAAUGCCAUUUCAUUCCCCGCUAGCUUAUCCGCAAAAGUAGAGGGAGAAGAAGGUCCUGAUGAAAAAACCAGUGAACUUAAUCCUGAGCACAAGUCAAAUUCAGCUUCGGAUUUGAACAAAUUGGAUUCUAUUGCUGAUGAGCCGGCGUGUAUUGGAGACGUGGAAGCAGACGGUAGCGACAGUGAUGAUGAUUUGAAUAUCGUUUUGAAUGAUGAUGAUGAUUGCCAGCGGGUUUUGGUCGGGAGAAAAGAUGGGAUUGACCGUUGUGAGGAUGAUGAUGGUGAGGAGUUUGUCACAAAGGAGGUUAAGGAGGGUGGCAGGUCGGGUUUAGGAAGAUCGAAAAAGGGUUUAAAUGGAUAUGGCUGUGAUAAAGCAUUUAAGGGUGGGUAUAAUUUGCAGUACACCCAAUACAAGCAUGCAAGACUUCAUGGACUGGCAUUUCCUAGUAAUACAAAGGCAACAGAAUUAGUGGGAUUGGCUUCUGGCUUUUCUAUGCCAUCUGGAGGUGAUUGGGAAGCUAAUGGGUGCAAUCAACAAAAGAGCUUACUGUUAAGUCAUGCUUCUGAUACUCGCACUGCAGCUAAUUUAGUAGUUCCUCAGUGUAGAUAUGGAUUCUCACUUCCAUGGUACAGGACCAUAUUAGAUGUAAACAUUGAUGCAUUUGAGCAAAAACCAUGGAGGCAUCCUGGGGUUGAUAUAACAGAUUAUUUCAAUUUUGAUUUCAAUGAGGACAGUUGGAAACAGUACUGCAGCUCUUUGGCUUUUAGUGAAUAUAAGCAAGAGAAUGUGGAUCAAGAAAAUGAAGAUGGGGUUGGACCUUCAGCAAGCUUUGAUGAUAGCAAAGAGAGGCAUGUCAACUUGCCUAAAGGACGGGCAAUAUCAGUUAGAGGUAGCAGUGGUGAACGUCAACCAUCCAUGGAUGUAAGGCAGCCACGCAAUUUGAAUUCUGAUGUUGUGAUACAGAUCCCCUUGCAUGAUUCUGCUGAGGAUUCAUGUGGCUCAGGCAAAGAGCAAUUGGAUAUUACAAAUGGUGCUGUACAUGAAGCUUCAGAAUAUGAAGAACCCAAUGUGGAUGAUAACAAGGAUAUCCAUUCUAGUGGGAGGGCCGAUCAACUUUUAGUACUAGAAGGCAAUAUGCGGAGUUCAAGCGGGUGUUUUGCCCUUAAAAGGUGUUCCAAGUCAACAACUGGAUUUGAUCAGAUGUCCAUGAAUCCUGAUUAUCAUGGAACUGACCUGGAUGAUGAUGUGGAUGGUUAUUCCCAUGAAAAUUUGAAUUCUCAUGCAUCAGAAGGAAUUGAGAAAGACAUAGAAGGGGUGAAGAAUACAAAGGGAGAGGUUGGCGGGAAGACAUGUAGGUCGGACCCAUGCAUAACUGAAACAGAUUUAUCCCCUGGCGAUCGAAGUCACUUUAGCCCAACAUCAUCCUGUUUCAGUGGUGAUUCUGAAGCCUCAAAAGAUAGUGUCCGUGGUGAUCUUGAAGAGCCUGGUAGUCCUUUAAGAAGGCCUUCAUUAAAUUCAAAUUCUGAGUUGCUUGAUUCUGUCACUUCCAGCCGUAAAAACAACAUUAGGAAUGGCACGGAAUCAAAGCCAUAUUACAGCAAGAAAUAUUCAAGAAGCAGAAGUCCCUUUCAAGAGAAGCAAAAAUGUCGUAUUCGGGGGAUUAAUAAACAUGCUAAACGGCAUAUAUAUCUUGAUAGUGAUGAAGAUGCCUUCCUCAUGUCAGAUGCUGAGGACCUACAUCAGAGGGAUUACUCAUCGGUUGAUUGUGACAGAAGAAUGGAGAGGCUGACUGAUUUUCAUUCUUAUGACAGGGAAGUCUUCUUGCAUGACAGGUUAACAGAGACUUCUUGUGGUCAUGGCAGUGGGAGAUCUGCUGAUGGCUACCGUCAGACUUUUCACACGAAGUAUCCUAGGAGAAAGGUUCAUCAGAAUUUUAGAGGUGGGAUGGACCGACAUGUCAGAAAAUACUGGGAUGAAAAAGAGGAUUAUCAUGAAAGCUCUAUAGUAGAUGAUGCAGAUAAUAGGGACCACAAUUGGCAUCAUGGUGGAAGACGACUCUCUGCUGAGAACAGAAUUUAUCGCAUGUAUGGGAGGUCCAGGGAGUUGGUUUCAAGGCAUUCCUCUGCUUUUAAAGAAAGGGAGACACAAUGUAGGGGUGGUCGACUCAGUGACAGGAAGAGAACUGAGUUUCGUCACUGUUUGCUUGAGUAUAAACAUGAAGAUUACUUCAUGCCAGAAAAAUAUGGGGCGCGUAUUUCAUUGGCUGACGAAAGAAGAGAUGCUUUGGAUAAAAGUUACAGAACAUUUACUCCAUCGGUUGAGAGAGAAGUGAAUAUGUCUGGUCAAAGGGGUAGAUAUGUUGAAGAUUCCUCAUUAGAUUUGGAUGGUUCAUGGCGUGGGGAAAUUGGAGAUGAGCAUUGGGGACACCAAGAUCAUCAAUCUUUGUCAUCUUGGUUUCACCAGAAACCUGGUACAGAUAUUAGAGGAACAUGGCAUGAUACCAUGUCAUCAAGAAAUGAAACUGAUACAUACAGAAGAUACAGGAGAUAUACACUUAAUGAGGAAGACAGAAAUGGCGGUCCUUUCGGUAGUUUUAAUGAGGCGACGGAUUCUGAAGUUAGAACCAUUUAUCAUGAUGACAAUGUAAAUGGAGUUAAGAGAAAAUAUUCUUGGAGAUCUAAAACACUGCAUUCGGUUGAUGAUAAAUCAAUGAGACAUGGAUACAAUGAAGUACAUGCUGAAGAACCUUUUUAUUCGCAUGAAAAUUCUCCGGCCGUCGAAAGGUUCUCUGAUAGAUGUCGAUAUGCCAAUGGCAGGAUUCUUAAGUUGGAGCGACCUAGGCGAAAAAUGAUUCGUGAAGGAAGUAGUGCCAACUCUGUUAAUAGGCACUCAAUUAUAAGUUAUAGAAGUGAGCAAGAGCAAACUGUCCUGAACUGCAGGGAGUCCGUUGGCCUGAAUGUUGGGGAAGGAAAGUCUGGACGAUAUUCUGACAGAAGAAGUUUAAUAUGCAAUGGGAGAUUUGACAAGAAGGUUAUGAACUUUUCCAAGGAGCUCACAGCUUCUAUGGAUUUCAAUGAAUGUCGCAGUGGGAAAGAAAUUCAAACCGACGCUGCUGAAACUGUGAUCAACCAAAGGAAGGAUCAACUGCAUGGUGAAUUUCCAGUUCCAGAGCCAAGUGCUGAUAUGGAUAUUGAGGAGGGUCAGAUAAUAACGGAACAAAAUAUGGAGGAUCACUUCAUGGUAAAACAUGAUACCAAAUAUGCAGCUCAGACUGAAAACAUGAAGAAAAGAAUGUUACGGGAUGAGAAUGCUUUUGACGGUAGUAAGGAUGCCAGGGGAUAUGACAACCAACACAUUCUAGAGACACUAGCAAAAAUGGAGAAACGAAGGGAGCGCUUCAAGAUUCCUGUCCCACUGAAGAAGGAACCAGAAAAGCCUUCUGAGCCCCAAUCAGAGCUGAUGGUUGAUGCAGCUGAAAUUAGGCAGCAAAGACCAGCUCGGAAAAGGCGGUGGGGUGGAAGUUAGAAUUUAAAUUACAGAUUGAGGAACCGUGAAAGUCAUAUAUGAGCGCCAAUUUCGACAACUUGUUCGGGGGCAGAUUGCUCAUUGCUGACUUGUAGCUCCAUUACCGGUUGGCUCUAUCAUGAAGAGUAUGAAGCAAAACAUAUGACAUAGUUUGAAAGGUGACUUCCUGCUUCUUACAAUCACAAGAGCCAGAACAAAGGAUAAUAUUUUCUAUUCAAUUGGAUUUAUGAGUUUUUGGUCAAAAAAAGGGAUGGAUCUCAAAAUCUUCAGUUGCUCAACAGUACUGGAACUCCUCUCUAAAAUGAUCAAAAUAAAAUCAUUGUAGCUAGUGCAGAAUAUUUAUUCUUCUUAUUUGUACCUUUUAUUGUUGAUGUACAUUCAAAGUAACUUCAUUAUAUCACUUGCUAAUAAUUACUUUUUCUUAA